GAAGUUUUAGAACGAAUGGUCUUUCGGUUCCGCUCUAUAAGCCAAGCCACCGUCACCACCGCUCUAGUGACUUCUUUCUCAAAGAAAAAGAAAAGUUGGGUUUCUGAGCUUUCUACGCAGCAACAGAUUAGUCCACAAUCCAUUUUGGGUUGUUUUUAACUCUUAUGGCUAAAAAUGGCAUGAAGAGAAACAGCGGUCGUCCUGCCAAAAGAAGACAUAAAACAACUAAAACGUCACCAUCAAUAUCAAUGAAUGUGGAAGAAGAUGGAUUUUCGAAACUACCUGAUGCAGUAAUCGUACACAUUCUGUCGUUUCUUCCCACUGUGGAUGUCGUUCGGACAUGCCUCCUUUCAAAGCGCUGGAAACUCAUGUGGUACUCAGUCCCCACACUUUAUUUCUCCGAGACUGGAUUUCGAUGGCCAUCGAACGAAGAAAAGUUCUUCUACAAUUAUGUUGACAAUUAUUUGAAACACCGCAAGAGAGGUAUGAAUUUUACAGUCGAUUCAGCCAUUACUAGUUUUAAGCUUCAGAUGCGGUCUUACUAUGAAAUAAACAAAGCCACCCGCAUAGAUAAAUGGUUAGAUUUUGCAGUUAAGAAUAAAGUCAAGGAAUUAAAUGUUUGGUUGAAUGAUGACUGUGAUGGUGAUAAUUUUUACUUUUACCCCUUACCUAAAUCAGUAUUCAAUUCAAGACAUUUGGCUAUUUUGGAGUUGGGAAACUUAGAUUUAAGCACUGGUUCUUAUUCAAUUCGACUUCCAGCAUUGAAAACUCUGUUAGUCAACACAGUUUUAUUUAUAAAUGAUGAUGUGCUAUUCAACCUUUCGUUGGGUUGCCCUUCCCUCGAGAAAUUGUUGUUACAUUCGUGUGAUAUAAUGAAUGGGCCAUUUCGUUUACAAAGUUUAAGCCUCAAGGUCUUGGAAGUUGAAUAUGAUGACUUUGCAUCACCGCUUCAACUUGAAGUCACAAAUCUUGAAUCUUUGGUAGUGCAUAGAUAUAUCUUCGAAGGCACAAAUCUUUCUGCAUGCAAGGCAAUUAGAAAUCUCUCGCUAACUUUUGAUUGGAGUAUUAGAAAAUUGGAAGACCCGUCUUUGCCAUUAGAAGAUCUCAUUUCAAACCUCCCACUCCUUGAGAGUCUGACUCUAGAAGAAUGCGCUAGAGUGAAUUUGAAGCAGAUUAAAAUCUCGAAUCAGCAGUUGAAAAGUUUAAAUUUGAAGAAUAUGUAUGCUGAUCGUGAUUAUGGAAUGACAGUUAUAAUUGAAUCAGCUCCAAAAUUAGCAUCCUUUUCUUAUGAAGGUAAUAUCAAAUUUGGCAUAUCAAUGGAGUCAUUUAAUUCGUUGGAUGGAAAAUUCGUGAUUCAUAAUCUGCGUGAGAAUUGUGAUGCAAAUGAGUUUAUCGGUAUGAUGAAUUUUCUUCUAAAUCUCAAUUGCUCUUGGAGUAUAAUAACCCUCCAUGUUCUCUCAGAUAAGGUUCUCAUCGUGCCAGAAAAUUUGAAGAGGAUAUGUCCUCUUUCUUCGCUUAAUUGGAAGCAUCUCAGAGUUAAAACUGAUAAGAAGCCAGAGAGUGAAUCAAACUUGAAAGAUGCCUUAAUGUGGAUUUCACCCACUUUAGAAACAUUAUGUAUUAAUGAAAUAGUCAUAUUUUAGUUGUUACUGCUAAUUAUGAACUGGAAUGACGGUCUCUUUUUUUUUUUUUUUUUUUCUAUUUUGUUAAUUGUUACUUUAGUUCUUUUGAGAUUGUAAUUACUUUAUCAGCAGCUUAGUUUAAUACAAACGGGUUUUACUACUUUGCAUAAGAA